CUAUCUGUAGCGGUUUGUUAACCCACAUUAGACUAGUCUUUUCCACCAUCUAUGCUCAGUUCAUGAUUGAUGCUUCAGUUAAUUUACUUUGCAACCAUUUGAGAGUGUUUUGACCGUGUGUAGACCAUAGAUCACACAGAUCACAUUUCUAGCAGGAGUGCUAUGGAAAAAUGCAGACUGUCUGCCUUUUUGCUGCUGGUACACAUUGGCCUCUCUUCAGUAGUGUUGGAAGCUCAGGUCAGUGUUGAACCACAGGUGACAGGGUACCUGGGUAAUGAUGUCACACUGCGUUGUAAGUUGCUCCAGGGCAAUCUCAUUCAGGCUGAGUGGCAGUGGGAGAUAUCAGAUACUGAAAAGUUUACCAUAGCUGUCUUUAGCCCUAAUUUAGGUCAAAACAUUUCUGAGUCACCUCUAAAAGGGAGGUUGGAGUUCGCUGGAGCUUCCACAGGUGAUUCCUCUAUUACUAUAAAAGAUGUGGAGAUGACUGAUGCAGGGAAAUACAUCUGUCUCCUGACAGUCUUCCCUAGUGGCUCAAUUGCGAGGACAACCAUCCUCACUGUACUGAAUCAGAUUCCACCUCCAUCAUCUGGCGAGGUUGUGGGAAUUGUUACCGCAGCCCUCCUGGUAACAGUUGUCGUGACAGCCACAGCUUACCUCAUCAUUGUCAGGAAGAGGCACAAGGCUAUAUUCAACCCCUCUGUCAGCAUUGAUACAAGCAGCCUGGUGGUCAAUGCAGACAGGACAGGAAGAGAAGAGGACCUGGUUUAUUCUGAGAUCGUCAGAUUCAACAUUGACAAGAGGAAAGCACACGACCCAUCUGGAGAAGACCAGAAAGAUGCAGACGUCAAGCCAGCUGAGGAUGUCACCUACUCUGCAGUGGCAGUGGGAAACCAGCAUUCUUUAAGGGAAGACACAGUUUACUCUCAGGUGGUGAGAAAGGACUGGGACAUAGAUGAUGUAUGGAUUGUCUAAGCACAAUAACAGUAAAGGGAUAACCAGACAUCCUUUAUAUUCACAUACAUUUAACUGAAGUUAUCUCUUGUUGGGGAAGUGACCUCCUUAUUAGACAAAGCCAUCUAGAUCCUACAGAAGGGCUAUGUGUGUGAAUACUGAAAAAUUAUUGCCACCAACAGAAUGCUAUAUAUAUCGGGCAUACAACAAUCUCAGCUCUGUAGAUUUUGUUGCGAAGAGACAGAAUCAAUAGAUCAUUUAUUCUGGUAUU